GCUGUUUUGUAGUCAUACUGGGAAAGGUUAACUGUGACGUGUUAAUGGGUCUUUGUGAGUCACUGCAGGAGAUGUCACAGUGGAAGACCAGCAACAAGCGUACCAUUGAAGCUGCCCAUCAACACUCAGAUAACACAUAGAAACUCUAAUAUUCUUAGUCACUAAGUUUGUUGUCGCCUGACACAACUUGCAUGAAAAUGGCCCUGAGCAGUGUUGUAUGGGUGAACUGGAUUCCUGUCAUUACAGCUUGUGUGGCCCUUGUGAACGGGCAUGAAGUGCUAGAGGGCCACUCCGUCACCCUGCCCUGCAGUUACUCUGUGAGAAGGAAUGGAUUAAGCGCUGUGUGCUGGGGAAAGGGCUGUGGCACCAUGUGGUGCAGUGAUGAAAUCAUUCAAACCGACGGGAAACGUGUCACCUCCAAGCUGUCAGAGAGGUACCGGUUAAACGGGAAUAUACUGGAUGGUAACGUGGCUCUGACUAUACUGAACACAGUGAAAGCAGACAGCGGAUCAUAUUGCUGCAGGAUAGACAUUGCUGGAUACUUUAAUGAUCGGAAAGUAUCUUUAACUCUAAAAGUUAUAAAAGCUCCUGCAUUGACGACUGCACUGCCAAACCCACUUCCCCCAAUCGUUGGAACUGAAAAUCACAACAUAUCAGAGCCACAUUCCUCCACAAGUGCUUGGAGUGGUGGAAAUUCUUCCCAAUUUUCAGAAAUACCAAAACGGAAUUCUAGUCUUCUGCAAACGGGUGACAUUGAAGAAAGUGCUUUAAAAAGUGAUUCAUUCAGCGUUCCUGUUGCGGCUCUAUGUGUAUCAGUAAUCGUCUUGCUCUUAAUAAUUGCUCUAGCAAUUCUUCUUGUUUUUAAACGUAAACUUUUAAAAGGAGCUCAGAAAAACAUUGGAAGUACAAGACCUACAUUAACACUGGAACCCGAGCACAUCAUUUAUCAAAUGCAGACUGGCAGACAAGUGGAAGAAAAUAUUUACAGUUUGGAUUAGCUGGCUGUCUACCACAGCGCCCCACCUUCAACUAACAUGCUACCAGUUCACCUGUGACCUUCGUCCGAUUGAAUCAGAACAAACCAAUAACCUACGUGAGCAGGGCUUUCUAACUGCACUCACAUUAGCAUUCUGAUUGACCACAUUACGGCUAGAUUAUUAUUAUUAUUAUUAUUAUUCAUUCUUUUCUUAAUUUGCACUUUCUCCAGAAUUUUGGCUGAACAAUCGCGCGGCACAUAUACUGUAUAUAAACGCAAUGAAUCAAAAUUAUACAACGAUUUAAAACACACUGUUUGAAAAUGAUGUACAAUUAUGGAACAAUACAGCAGGGCAGCCUUAACAGACAGCAAUUUACAGAAAACACAUACAGUUACUAUUAAAACUACAGUCUGUUAGUUUGUCAGUGCUCACAUUGUAUAUACAGUACGUGCCAGGGGCAGCCUUUUCCAGGUACAAAACAGGUCAGGCCCUUACAAUAGAAAAGAAUUGCUAGUGCUAUGAAACUAGAGCACAUGCAGUGGGCAUGUUGUAAGACAAGGCUGUCAAACUCAGCUUUCGAUCCACCGACCUCUCAACUACUGAAUUGGUCUAAGUAUUUGAUUAAUUGGACACGUUACUUCUUCUCUUCAGGGCUCAAAAUGUUGUAUAGGCUGUGUACCUUUAAUUAUAUGUAUUAAAAAAUAUGAAAUAUGUCCAAAUGAACAAAAAAUGUGAUCAAUUAUGUUAAUUGAGAGCUUAAUUUGGAAUGAAAACCAGAAGACCCUUUGACAGCUCUACUCUGGCUUUAGCAGGAUUUUACUCUAGUUAGGAAAAAAGAAAAACAAAAGUGUGUAAAUGUGACCAAUUCCUCCGUUUUCCUGAUUAGGCAAGUGAGGUUUAACUAUAUUAAUUAUGAGACCAUUUUAGCUCCAUGUUUGCUCCCAACCUUUAUGUGUACUGCAGAUCCACACCCCUUUAAAUCUUAGUUCUAUAUCUUGUUAUUAAAAAUAUGGUUGUAGUAAA